UUUUUUUUCGAAUUCCUUCCACAAAGGUAAAACAGUUAUUGUCAAAUUUACCGACAAGCGAUACCAGGAAAUCCGGCUUGUCGCACCCCGACGGAAACUAUAUAGUGAAACGAACGAGAAGUUCUUUGCUUUAGAACAUGAAGUUCGUUGGAUCUCUGGGCGUUCUCGCUUUUGUUUUGGCUGCUGUUGCAGCUGACAAAAGGCCGACGAAUGGAUUCGGAAAUGGAGGCGGCGGUGCUUACGGCGCCCCUCAGGCUGCUGGAAGCAGCGGUGGCGGCUACUCAAACGGUGGCGCCAGUGCGGGAGGAAAUGGAUACGCUGGCACGGGAUUGAAUGGCGCCAAUGGUGGUGGUGGUGCCAACGGAUACUCCAACGGUGGUUCCAGUGGUGGCGCCACUAAUGGGUACUCCAACGUUGGUUCCAAUAAUGGUGACGCCAACGGAUAUUCCAAUGGUGGCUCCAAUGGAGGCAAUGGAUACUCAAAUGGCGCCUCCAAUGGAUACACUGGAGCCGGAAAUGGCGGCUUUCCAGGGGACGCCUCAGCCGAAGGCGCCGGAUACGAGCAGGCGGCUUCCGAGACCGGCUCAGCUGCUGACGACGGAAGUGGCGGCUUGAACGGCGACGAAAUCCCCGGAACCCCGGGUACGGAUUACCCAGUCUUGGCCCAGGUACCCGAAGACCUCACCUUUGAAUGCUCCAGCCAACAGUACCCAGGUUACUACGCCGAUGUUCAGAGCCAAUGUCAGAGGGGGGGGGGAGGAGGAGGAGAAGAAGAAGAAGGACAGAAGAUUGAAUCAGUCCCGCAAUUAGCGAGUCUCGCCUUUUGCGAGCAAGGGGAUAAUGACAGACGGGACGAGCCCAGGUCACCGACGCGGGUCAAGGGAACCCCUAUAGUAGUUUAA